AUGGCUGGUAAAACGCAUAAAAAGACCCAGUAUUCUGAGUUGCAACCUAGAGAGAACCAACAAAAGUUUGAAAGAGUAAGCAACGAUGAGGACGCUAAGUGGUCGCAAAAGAAUUUGAAGAAAGUCAAGGACAAAAAGUUAAAGGCUGGCUUGAAACGUAUUGAUCAGAAGUACAAGGAAGCAGUUCUAUCAACUGCUGCUACUGAGUAUCUAUUGCCUGAAGAACGCGGUUAUUUGGAAGCUGAGCAUGAGUUGGAAAAGACAUUCAAGUUUACCCAAAGUGAAAUAAAGCAGCAUGUCGAUGCUUCCACAGCUAACAAGGCAUUGGAUUUGAAACUAAAUGAAUUUGGACCCUACCGUGUAAACUAUUCAAGGAAUGGUACACAUUUACUCAUUGCUGGACGUAAAGGCCAUGUUGCAUCUUUGGAUUGGAGAAAAGGUGAAUUACGUGGAGAACUCCACUUGGGUGAAACUGUACAAGCAGCAACAUAUUUGCAAAACGAACAAUUCUUUGCAGUGGCUCAAAAGAAAUAUACAUUCAUUUAUGAUCACGAAGGUGUAGAAUUGCAUCGUUUGAAACAGCACAUUGAAGUAAAGCACAUGGAAUACUUACCUUACCAUUAUCUAUUGGCAACCGCGGGUCAAACCGGAUUCUUAAAAUACCAGGACGUUUCUACUGGACAACUAGUAUCAGAAAUUAGAACUAAGCUUGGUCCAACUACUGCAAUGACCCAGAACCCAUGGAAUGCUGUCGUUCAUUUGGGUCAUAGUAACGGUACUGUUACACUAUGGUCUCCUUCCAUGCCUUCGCCACUCGUAAGAUUAUUAUCUUCCAGAGGUUCAAUUACUAGUAUUGCUGUAGAUAGACAAGGUUACUAUAUGGCAACUACUGGCUCGGAUAAAUCCCUUAAGAUUUGGGAUAUUAGAAAUUUCAAGGAAAUUCAUAGUAUAGAAAACUUACCUACUCCAGGAACGAACGUCACUAUCUCAGAUACUGGUCUACUUGCCCUAUCAAGAGGACCUCAUGUUACUCUAUGGAAAGAUGCUCUGAAGUUAGGAAAGGCAGCCAGACCGUAUUUCACAUCCAGUGGUUAUCAAAACAGAAACACACCAUACAUGUCUCAUUUAUUUGCAGGAAACAAGGUCGAAAAUCUUCAAUUUGUUCCGUUUGAAGACUUGUUAGGUGUAGGUCAUCAAAAGGGUAUGACUAACUUGAUCAUACCUGGUGCAGGUGAAGCUAAUUAUGAUGCUCUAGAAGUAAACCCAUACGAAACAAGUAAGCAAAGACAAGAACAAGAAGUCAGAUCACUAUUGAACAAGCUUCCUGCCGACUCUAUCACUCUAAAUCCAAACACUAUUGGUAAUGUGGAUGCUCGUGCUACUCAAGUUAGACUAAAUGCCAAGGAUCUUGCUAUUCUCACUGAAAAAGAACAAGAUAAGGCCAAGCAAAACAAGGAUAUUCCAGAUGUUAGACCAGAUGUCAAGGGGAAGAACUCUGGGUUACGUGCAUUCCUACGGAAGAAGACUCGUAAUGUCGUUGAUGAUAGAAAGUUAAGAGUCCAAAAGCAGCUUGAAAAGGAAAAGGAAAAUCGUCAAAGAAGAGAAGAAGUUAGAAAAGGUGAACGUGCGGAAGACCAUAGAGAUCUUGUUGACGAAGCUUUGUCUAGGUUUUCUUAG